UGUGUGGGGUACGUUUGUUAGCUUGCUAUCAAAGGAUAAAGUGACCAGUAUAAAAGUUAUCGAAAGGAAGCAAUUUCCACCGUCGGGUUUCGUGAUGGCUUUGCAGGGCUCUGAGGAGAUAGAGGAGCAACUCGCAGAGCCUGAAGAGGUUGGAGACGAGGAUGUGAGCAUCUCUCCAGCGGAAGAAAUAACGUUAACCGUCGGGCCUGGAGGAGAGGAGGACACGGACCCGCUUCUCCUGCCGUGGGAUCGCUUCUCUGCCUGGCUACACUGCAUCUGUGUCGUCGGGUUCGAUCUAGAACUCGGCCAGGCGGUGGAGGUCAUCUACCCACACCAUUCCAAACUAUCCGAGAAGGAGAAAACAAGUAUCUGCUACUUGUCAUUCCCAGACUCCAACUCAGGUUGUCUAGGGGACACACAGUUCUGCUUCCGUUUCCGCCAGGCCUCAGGCAGGAAGUCUUCUCUGGGAUGUUUUCUGGACCAGUUUGAUCGUGACGCUCCAGUCUGCCUCAAGAGGGACCAAGGCCAUUACUAUGGUUACGUCUACUUCAGACAAGUCCGGGACAAGUCACUCAAGAGGGGCUACUUUCAGAAAUCCCUGGUCCUAAUCAGCAAGCUACCCUACGUCAUGUUCUUCCACUCCCUGCUGAAGCUCAUCGCUCCAGAGUAUUUUGAGAAGCAGGAGCCAUGUCUGGAGGCUGCCUGCAACGACAUCGACCGCUGGCCCACUCCUCAUCCAGGCAAAAUAUUGGUCCUCCCUGUAAUGGGUACAGUUAUGAAGGUUCGGAUCCCAACAUGUUACGACAAGCCUGGAACCUCUCAGCUGGUUCAGUCAACACAGAAUGACAACCUGGUGUCCAUAGUCCUCCCCACGGUCCACGAGGUAGACUUGUUCACGUGUUUCCACCCAGUCUUCUUCCACAUUCAGAUGUUAUGGGAGCUGGUGUUGCUAGGUGAGGCUCUGGUUGUCAUGGCACCAUCACCGGCAGAAUCCUCCGAUACUGUUCUGGCAUUGGUCAGCUGCAUCUCUCCACUGCGCUACUGCAGUGACUUCAGACCGUACUUCACCAUCCACGACAGCGAGUUUAAAGAGUACACCACCAGGACACAGGCCCCGCCAUCUGUGAUUCUUGGCGUGACCAAUCCGUUCUUUGCGAAGACCCUCCAACACUGGCCUCACAUCAUCCGUAUUGGAGACAUGAAGCAGGCUGGAGAGACGGUCAAGCAGAUGAAGGUCAAGAAGCUGAAGAACCUGAAGACCCUGGACUCCAAACCAGGUGUCUACAGCGCGUACAAGCCCUUCCUCAACAAAGAUGAGGAUAUCAUUAAACAACUACAGAAGGGUGUCCAGCAGAAACGUCCCUCGGCGGCACAGAAUGCCAUCCUGCGACGGUACUUCCUGGAGCUGACGCAGAGCUUCAUCAUUCCACUGGAGCGCUAUGUGGCCAGUCUGAUGCCUCUACAGAAGAACAUCUCUCCUUGGAAGAGUCCUCCCCAGCUGAGGCCCUUCCUCCAGGAGGACUUUAUGAAGACUCUGGAGAAGGCUGGUCCUCAGCUCACCUCACCACUCAAAGGAGACUGGAUGGGACUCUACAGACAGUUCCUGAGGUGUCCUAACUUUGACGGCUGGUUCAGGAAUCGCAAGAGAGAGAUGAUGAAGAAACUAGAGGCCCUUCACCUAGAGGCUGUCUGUGAGGAGGAUCUGCAGGUGCGAGUCCAGCAACACACGGAGGUGGAGACUGUGGACCUCGUUCUCAAACUCAAAGACAAACUGACUCAGGCAGAGAGAGAGCAGCUUCCUCUGAGGCCGGGGACGCUGACUAAACUACAGGCCCACAUCGACUCUGUCAUCCUGUCUUUACCUGACGAUCUACAGGGAAUCCUGCACAAGCCCUCCACACCCUGACCUCUGACCCUCUCCCUGACUUCUGACCUCUAACCCCUGACCACUAAUCAUUGACCUAUAACCCCUGGGGGUAGGAGGAAGGGAGGCCCAAGGAAGGACUGCUCCAGUCUCAUCAUUGAACUAUGGAUUUUUAAGACUUUUUUUUUUUUUAAGUGCACUUCACCCUUUAAUAUCGGUGUGACUGUGCCACCUCCAACCUCUCUCCACCUUCAUGUGCAAUGCUGGCAUUGACCAAAACAAUUCCACUGAUGAUUAUUGAAUAAUGCAACCAGUCAGAAAUAAGAAGACAAGCCAAUAAGUGGGUUUAUUCCUCAGAGAUAACGUCUGUAGUGAAUCAUGCAUCUUGUGACGUUGAUGAAGUCAUAAUGGUUGACAGAUUUCUAAAACGGUUCAAUCUGUGUCCGGGAAACCCACCCUUUUAGUCUACACUCUUUUUUAAAAACGACCUUGUUUGGAUUCUAUGCUGCGUCGAUAACUUAACCUUGCAGUUACAAUAAACUGUAGACCGGUUGUAAUAUACGGUCACAUUGUCAACAAUACUUGUACGUUUAUGAAAGGUUGCUGUGCUGUUUGUAUAAAUGUUGAAGACAUGGCGACAUGAAGAGCUGUGUUGUAUAGCGUCACUAUACACCGAGUGGACAAAACAUUAAGAACACCUUCCUAAUAUUGAGUUGCAGCCCCCUUUUGCCCUCAGAACAGCCUCAAUUAGUUGGGGCAUGGGGACUC